AUGGUGGACUUAAAAUGGAGUGUGGAUGAUGAUGUUCCCAUCUUGCAGGUUAUUUCCAUGAAGUCAAAGCCCAUUUGUGACCAUGGGGAACCUCUGAUUGCCUACAGUGCCCCCGAGUUCAUAUUUUAUCAUCUGGGAGAGCCUUCCCUCCUUAGACUCCAGCAGCUAAAGGAAUAUUUGGAAUACCAAAGAUUGGAAAGCGACUCCCUGAGCAGAUCAAAGAUGUUUUAUAAAGUUCCAUUCUUCAUCCUUGUCCUAGGGACUGUGCCUUUCGCAGCACUUGCUCAAGAAGCGAGCUCAGUUCUAGAAGGAGAAGAAAGUGCAACAAUUGAUUUCAGAGACAAAAAUGUCACAGAAUUUGAAGAACUACCAACCCUGUUCUUGUAGUUGCCCACAAGACUACAGAAUGUAACAAAUCUCUUGCAGUUUGGAGAGCUGAUGACCACAGAAAGUGCAUUUGUCCCGGAUGAAGAGAGUAACAAUUCUACUGUGUACGAGGUUAACACAGAAAGUGCUGAUGGUGAAGCGAGUGGGGAGCCAGAGAAAACAGAAAAAGGUGGUCUGGAAACAAUUGCACUGGUUGGAAUAAUUAUUGGAAUUGUAGUUGCAGUUGGAAUCCUUGCUGGAAUAAUAAUUGCUGUUGUAAGGAAGAUGUCAGGCAGGUACUCGUAA